AUUUGAGCAAGAAAUCUAUAAUGAAGUCUGUUAUUUUCGUUGCUCUCGUACUGUUGUACACUGUUAAUGCCGGAAAAGUCGUGAAGAGGGACAAUCAUGAGGAUGAGGCAGACAGCGAAGACGCAUACUCAUGUGUCCAGGGACCUGAUGGCAAGGUUGAGUCCUCUGACUGUGAAGCUGGAGAUAAAUGCUCUUCCCCCACAUUCGUGGACUACCAAGGCUACAACUCUGAGGUAGAAUGGGGAUGUGGAUGUGCUGAUGGUGUUGAUGACUGUGACGAAUGUGAAAAUGAAGAUGGUGCCUCCGGAUGUAACGCUGAUAAAUCACAGAAGUUUGAGUGCUAUAACCACUCCUGGAACGCUGAGAGCGCCGCCUGGGAAGCCGUUGCCGAAGCCACAUCUUGUCACGUCAGCGCCGAAACCGAUGUCAAAUGUAACAGCCCCGCACCCCUCGCUCUUGAAGAUGAAUGGGAAAGCUUUCAAUCUGGAUGUGGACCUUGUGCCAAUGACGAGAAUGAGAAAUGUGUGUCUUGUGAAGGUGAUGGUUGCAACUCUGCUGCUGCCCUGGCUGCUUUCUUCCUCCCUUUGAUGGCUGCCCUUUACGCACUCAUGUAAACUCUUUGAAGAGCUUACUUAUACUUAGUACGAUUAUAGUACGAUAUAGCUACUUUAUGUUUAGCGUGGGGUAUUAUCAAAAUCAAUGUUUUGUAGUUUUAUCUAAUGUUUAAAUGCCCACGUAGGUGCUUUCAAAAAGUCAUAUUUACUUUACUGUUUUGAAAUAUAUAAUGCUUCUAUCGUUAUUUUUUGUGAAUUAAU